AUGGCAAACUGCCCCAAAGAGCAGUACUGGGACUCCUUGACCAAAACCUGUAUCUCCUGCGUCUCCUGCAGCCAGAGGAGCCAGCGCAGCUGUACAGACUUGUGCAAGUUCCUCAGUUGCCGCAGAGAGCACGGCAAGUACUAUGACCAUCUCCUGGGGGUCUGCAUGAGCUGCAAUUCCACCUGCACGCAGCACCCUCUGCAGUGUGCACACUUCUGUGAGAAAAAGGCCAGAAGCCAGAUGAACCUCCAGCCCGAGCUCAGGAGACCACAGGCCGGGGAAGUGGAAGCCAGGCUAGGCAGCUCAGGAAGGCACCAAGGAGCAGAACACGGAGACUUGCAGACUGGAUCAGCAUCCACAGGACUGAGGGUGAGCAGCGACCAGUUGGCCCUUGUCUACUGCACACUGGGGCUCUGCCUCUGUGCCAUCUUCUGCUGUUUCUUGGUGGCAUUGGCCUGCUUCCUCCGGCGUAGAGAGCCGCUUCCUAAGCAGUGUUCAGGGCCGCGUGUGUCCCAGGCAAAGUCCCCCCACUGCCCCGCGACAGAGGCUUGCAGUGAGGUGGCCUUGCCACCCCAGCCUGUUGAGACAUGUAGCUUCUGCUUCCCGGAGCGCAGGUCACCUACACAGGAGAGCACUCGCACGCUCGGGACUCUCGGCUUAGCAGGAACCGCUGCCCCGCAACCCUGUGCGCGUGCAUCAGUUGGCGUCAUGCACGUGCCCCUCGGAGAUGCUGGUCCAGGAGCUUGA